AUGGCCAAGCGGUGGUUCGUCGAAACCACCCCUGAGGGCCGGCAGCAGUUCGUCUCCAUCAAGCGGUCGCGCUCCUACGGCGGCCACCACAACCGCGUCCGCGAAAUCGACUACAUCAAAGUCAGCCUCGACGAGUGGAACGCCCUCGUCGACAAGGAGCGCAAGCUGGAGGAGCUCAACAAGUCCGUCGUCGACGAAGUCAACCGCCUCAAGUCGACCGCCGCCACCGCCCAGGCCGAGGCCAAGCGCCUGACCGUCGUCGUCGUCCCCGGGCUCGAGAAGCAGAUCGGCGUGCUGACGAUCGAGAACGAGGCGCUCCGCCGGAGCAUCGACAAGACAAUUGGCGACAGCUCCUCCAAGCACCUCCGCGAGGAGGAGAGGCUGCGGUUCAAGAUUACGAAGCUCGAGGCCGAUAACCUCGAGCUGAGGGAGGAGAAUGCGGGCCUGAGGGAGAAGAACCGGAGCUUGUCGAGGCAGCUCGAGCAGAGCUUCAGCCGGCGCGUGUCGGAGCUUCUUGGCGAUGUCGAGUUUUGGAAGCAUCAGUAUAAGCACUGGCGGUCGCGGUACGACGAGCUGCUGAAGCGGUACAAUGAUAUCUUCGACUUGAUGGAGACGAGGACGAGGAAGAUGAAGGCGUAUGAGGACAUUUUGCGGCGCAACGAUAUGAUCUGA